UCUAGUUUAUUUCCCCUCUUCAGUUUGGUUGUAGGCGAAAUUUUCUUCAUUUUCAAAUACCAAUAACCAUGCCGAUCCGCCAAAUUGCUAUGGGAAGCCAUGAAGAACUCCGCCAUCCGGGGGCGCUUAAAGCGGCCCUGGCGGAGUUCAUCUCUACCCUGAUCUUCGUUUUCGCAGGUCAGGGUUCUGGCAUGGCGUACAACAAGAUUACCGAUGGCGUCACUACUCCUCCAGGACUCAUUGCUGCCUCUAUAGCACAUGCCUUAGGGUUGUUCGUGGCUGUCGCUGUUGGUGCUAACAUCUCCGGUGGUCAUGUUAACCCUGCUGUUACUUUCGGUGCUUUCGUUGGUGGAAACAUCACCUUUUUCAGGGGACUUCUGUACAUCAUUGCACAGUUGCUUGGCUCCACUGCUGCCUGUGCCCUCCUUGUAUUCGCCACUGGUGGCAUGAGCACCGGAUCAUUUGCAGUGUCAGGUGUAACAGUAUGGAGCGCCCUUGUGUUCGAGAUAGUGAUGACCUUCGGUCUUGUUUACACAGUUUAUGCAACUGCAGUUGACCCAAAGAAGGGAGAUUUGGGAGUAAUUGCACCAAUUGCAAUUGGUUUCAUUGUUGGUGCCAACAUUCUAGCUGGUGGGGCAUUUACUGGAGCAUCAAUGAACCCAGCUGUUUCAUUUGGGCCAUCAUUGGUUAGCUGGACCUGGACCAACCAAUGGGUAUACUGGGCUGGACCACUUAUUGGUGGUGGGCUUGCUGGAUUUAUCUAUGAAUUCGUCUUCAUCAGCCACACUCAUGAGCAAAUCCCAAGUGGAGGAGAUUUUUAAGAAUGUGAAAUUUCAUCUCAACUUGUUGUUUAAUUUUCUCUUUUUUUGUAAACUUCUUGCUUGUUUGUGUUCUCUAUUGUUUAAUGGGCACUGUUGAAUUGUACUUUUGUAUUCGGAAGGCUUUUGUUAUUUAUUUUCUCCAUUUUGUUGGUGGUAAAUAAGGUAUUUUGAAUUUUCCAAAAAUAUUGCAUCCAUUAUGUCUUGAUCUUU